AUGCCUCCCAAAGCAGCUGAGAAGAAGCCUAGCACUGGUGGCAAAGCCCCAGCAGGUGGCAAAGCCCCGGCCGAGAAGAAGGAGGCCGGCAAGAAAACUGCUGCUGCUGCUUCUGGCGAAAAGAAGAAGCGUGGAAAGACUAGGAAGGAGACUUACUCAUCCUAUAUCUACAAAGUUCUCAAACAGGUCCACCCUGACACCGGUAUCUCGACUCGCGCGAUGUCUAUUUUGAACUCCUUCGUCAACGAUAUUUUCGAGCGCGUUGCUACUGAGGCCUCGAAGCUCGCUGCAUACAACAAGAAAUCCACCAUCUCGUCAAGGGAGAUCCAGACUUCUGUCAGGCUCAUUCUGCCCGGUGAAUUGGCCAAGCAUGCCGUUUCGGAAGGCACUAAGGCUGUGACGAAGUACUCCUCUUCUGCCAAAUAG